UUCUCAUUUUCUUCAAGUUAUUUGAAAAAAGUUCUUUCACUUUCUUAAUUAUUAGCUUUCAUCUACUUUGUCUGAAAUUUUGUUUCCAGCUAUUUAAGGUUAGUAAAAUAACAACUACUAGCUUGAUCCAACACUGUAUGGCUCUUAUUCAAUCAGUUUGGAUCUGUAUUUAACCUUUAAUAAGUAGUAAGCAAAACCCAGAUCAGACAUUUGUCUUUUUUAGAUGAAAACUGCAUUUAUUGAGGUUCUGGGGCUAUAUGCUAAUAGGUUGCAUGUGCAUUAUGUGACUGAAUACAUGAAGUUAAUGUGAUUUUCCCAGAAAAGUUUUCUACUACUUUUAAGGUUUUUUUCUUUGUUUUUUGAGUUUAACUAAGUAGAAGAGAGGAAUGGAGACUUUCAGGAUUGGUUUCUGUUCAUUGCUUUCUGUAAUUUUAAUGCUUGUUCCAGUUUCAAUAGAGCAGCUUCCUCCAAGUGAAACCCGGAUUUUUUUCCAAGUUCAAAGGCUUCUUGAAUAUCCUGAAGUUCUUCAAGGAUGGACAAACUGGACCAACUUCUGUUAUCUCCCUCAUUCUCCCUCCCUAAAGAUUGUCUGCACGAACAGUCGAGUAACAAAAUUAACUAUCGUUGGAAACAAGAGCUCUCCAACUCUCACCACAAAGACAACCUUAGGGAAUGUUUCAGGUUCUCAACAGACUUUGUCUGAGAAGUUCUCCAUUGAUGCACUGUUCACUGUCCUGACUAAGUUUUCUAAUUUGAAAGUAUUGUCCCUGGUAUCCUUGGGGUUAUGGGGUCCCUUGCCCGCUAAGAUCAACAGGUUUCGUUCACUCGAAGUUCUCAACAUAAGCUCAAAUUUCAUUUUCGGGGAGAUGACUAUGGAGAUUGCAUCGUUCAAGAAUCUAACGAGUCUUGUUUUGGCUGACAAUCUGUUCAAUGGGAGUGUUCCAGAUCUUACAGGCUUGUCACUUCUUGAAGAGCUGAAUUUGGGUGGCAACUACCUUGGACCAUUAUUUCCUUCAUUAAGCCAGAAUCUCGUGAGUAUAAUGUUGAGCAACAAUUCUUUUAGAUCUGAAAUCCCUUUAGAACUGAAGAAAUUCUAUCAGCUUCGGAAGCUGGACAUCUCUUCUAAUAAAUUUGUAGGACCAGUCCCACCUUUCUUAUUCUCCCUGCCUUCAAUUCAGUAUCUUAAUUUGGCUCAAAACCAGUUAAGCGGGGCCCUUGCACUGAAUACAUCCUGUAGUAAGAACCUCACCUUUGUAGAUAUCUCAAAUAACCUUUUGAUAGGAAAGCUCCCUUCAUGCAUAGGAUCAAAUUCGAGAAAUAGAACAGUCAUUAGUUCAUGGAAUUGUCUGUCUGAUGGAAAUUCAAAUCGCCAGCAUCCAUAUUCAUUUUGCAACAAGGAAGCAUUGGCUGUUAAGCUUCCUGUCAGAAGAAAGGAGCAGGAGUCUGGAAUCAAAGCAGGCCUAAUACUCGGUAUCAUUGGAGGCGUUCUGGGAUUUGUAGGAGUUAUUGCAUUGUUAAUUUUGGUCAUGGUCAGAAGAUCAGAAAGAACUGAAGAUGCAAACUAUGAAAGAUCCAUUGCAGACAAAAUGUCAGUUCGUAGCUCUCCAAAACCAGCUACUGAUUCAAGGCGUGUGCCUCAGACAAUGAGAUCAGCUGCAAUUGGGCUUCCUCGAUAUCGUGUUUUCAGCUUAGAGGAAAUUGAAGAUGCAACCAACAACUUUGACCCGUCAAAUUUUAUGGGGGAAGGAUCUCAAGGGCAGCUCUAUAAAGGUUGGCUUGUAGAUGGCUCAGUGGUGGUGAUAAAAUGUCUGAAACUAAAGCAUAAGCAUUUACCUCGAAACCUAAUGCAACGCAUGGAAGUUUUGUCCAAGCUAAGGCAUCGGCAUUUGGUUAGCGUUCUGGGACACUGUAUUGCUACAUACCAGGAUCAUCCCAAUACAGCCAGUACUGUGUUCGUUGUCUUUGAACAUAUUUCGAACGGAUCAUUGCGGGACUAUCUUACUGAUUGGAGAAAAAAGGAAAUACUGAAAUGGCCACAGAUAAUGGCCGUCACCAUUGGUGCUGCAAGGGGGAUCCAAUUCUUGCACACAGGAAUUGCACCUGGCAUUUACGGAAACGAUUUAAAGGUUGAUAAUAUUUUGUUGGAUGAGACUCUUACAGCCAAAAUUAGCAAUUACAACAUCCCCUUGCCAUUUAAGACGGGUUCUGAGAGCCCCGUCACCAAUCGUCUUAAUAGUGAUGAAAAUGCUGAGAAAGAAGACAUUUAUCAGCUGGGAAUUCUUCUGCUUCAAGUUAUUACUGGUAAACUGGCCACAUUCACAAGUGAAUUGGAUGAGCUUAAACUUCAGCUGGAAAAAAGGUUAGCAGAAGGGCCAUCAAAGUUAAGAGGGAUGAUAGAUCCCUCAAUACAGGGCACUUUUGCACAUGAAUCAAUGAGAACCACAGUUGAAUUCGCCAUCAAUUGCCUGUCCAAAGAUUCAUCCAAGCGCCCUUCAAUAGAUGACGUUCUUUGGAACUUGCAAUAUUCAAUUCAAGUUCAGGAAGGAUGGACCAGUAGCGGAAACCUUGCCGCACCCCUUCAACAGCCAUAGUUUAUUAUCUACCGUAAUUUUAUAACUGUAGCAAAAAUAAAUGUCAGCAUUUCCUCUUGUAUUAACACAUGAUUU